AUGGCAAACAUCCUACAAUGGUUUCCUCAUACAACUGCUCCAUUCAUUGCUAAUGCACCGAUGUUUGGAUUUGCCGAUGUCGGCCUAGCAACUGCUGUCACAAAGGCCGGAGGAUUCGGAUUCAUUGGCGGAGGCUUUGAUUUCCGAUCUGAAUCUACUCAGCUUCAGAGCCUCGAUACUCAAUUGGCAAAGAGCCGUUCUACCCUUGGUUUGAUCGAUGAUCAACCAUUACCGCUUGGUGUCGGUUUCAUUACUUUUCGGCCAGAUGGAUUUAUUGACAAUGCCAUUCCCAUACUUCAGAAGCAUCGGGUAGCGGCAGUCUGGCUAUCCUUCCCUCGGGCUGACACUGAUCAUCUUCCGAUCAUACAAGCCAUUCGGACCGCCCAGGAGGGUUCUGACUGGAAUAUCAGGAUAUUUGUCCAGGUAGGAACUAUCAAAGCUGCAGAGGAAGCGCUUCAGCAGGGGGUGGAUGUUCUGGUGAUCCAAGGAACCGAUGCAGGAGGGCAUCAGUGGGCCCAAGGUGCUAGUUUGAUAUCCCUCUUGCCUGAGGUGCGAGAUCUUCUGUCAAACGCUCAGAAUACAACAACUGCUAUCCUGGCAGCUGGUGGAAUUGUGGAUGAGAGGGGCUGUGUUGCUGCUCUCGGUCUAGGUGCCGAUGGUAUUGUCAUGGGUACAAGAUUUGUGGCAACGUUGGAAUGUCCUGCGCCGUCUGAGAUUAAACAGACCAUUUUAUUGAUGAGUGAUGGCGGAGUCUCGACCAUCAAGUCCAUCCGACACGACGUAUUCCAAUCAACCGAUUUCUUUCCUAGGCAGUACGAUGGCAGGGCUAUUAUCGGUGUUAAUUACGAGGAUUCUCGGAAGGGAAUCAGUGACGAGGAAAUCAUCCGACGAUACAAUGAGGCUAAGGAGGCUGGUGAACAUCAACGGAGGACUGUAUGGGCAGGUGCGAGUAUUGGAAGUAUCAAUGAGGUAGUCUCUGUUGAACAUGUUGUACAGUCUACUCAAAAGGGAGUGAGGGUGGUAUUGGAGCGAUUGAAGGGCGGGCUUUAG